CUCACCAUGGCUCGCUGGGAGCUCCUGUGCUUUGCCUUGUGCUCCUGCCUUGGCACAGCAUGGGCUGCAACUCUGGGUGUGGUGUACACCGAGGGUGGCUUCGUGGAAGGUGAGAGUAAAAAACUGGGACUCUUUGGGGAGUACAUUGACAUCUUCAGAGGGAUCCCCUUUGCUGCCCCUCCAAAGACUCUGGAAGACCCCCAACCUCAUCCUGGCUGGGAGGGAACACUGAAGGCAAAAAAUUUCAAGAACCGCUGCAUGCAGAUGACUCUCACACAAACUGCUGUCCGUGGGAAGGAGGACUGUCUCUAUCUGAACAUCUGGAUCCCUCAGGGAAGGAGGCAGGUCUCUACCAAACUGCCAGUGAUGAUCUACAUCUACGGUGGUGCCUUCCUAGUAGGAGGGGGCCAGGGAGCCAACUUCUUGAACAACUACCUCUACGAUGGGGAGGAGAUCGCCACGCGGGGCAACGUGAUCGUGGUGACCAUCAACUACCGUGUGGGGCCCCUGGGCUUCCUGAGCACUGGAGAUGAAAACAUGCCAGGGAACUACGGGCUGAAGGACCAGCAUAUGGCUAUUGCCUGGGUGAAGAGGAACAUCAAGGCCUUUGGGGGUGACCCGGAUAACAUCACCAUCUUUGGGGAAUCAGCUGGUGCCACCAGUGUUUCCCUGCAGACACUGAUCCCAAAGAACAAGGGGCUGUUCAAGAGAGCCAUCAGCCAGAGCGGCGUCGGGCUGUGCAGCUGGGCCAUCCAGAGGGACCCGCUGGCCUGGGCUAAAAAGCUUGGAGAAAAAGUGGGCUGCUCCUCAGACAACACCACUGUCCUGGCCAACUGCCUGCGCCAGUCUGACCCCAAAGCCCUGACACUGGCCUAUCACCUGCAGCUGAUCCACCUGCCCGCUCCCCUGGUUCACACACUUGCCCUCACUCCUGUCGUCGAUGGAGACUUCCUCCCUGACAUGCCAGAGAACCUCUUUGCCAACGCUGCUGACAUUGACUACAUCGCUGGGGUCAACAACAUGGAUGGACACAUCUUUGCUGGCAUUGAUUUACCUGCCAUCAACCGCCCUUUUGGGAAAGUCUCUCCGGAGCAAGUCUAUGAGUUGAUCGAAGGACUCACUGUGGACAGGGGCGAGGCUGGAGCCAACGCAACAUACAAUAUCUACACUCAAGCAUGGGGUGACAAGCCAGAACAGGAGGUCAUUAAGAAGACAGUGGUGGACCUGAUUACUGACUACAUCUUCCUGGUUCCCACACAGUGGGCACUGAAUCUGCACCUGAAGAAUGCCAGGUGA